AUGUACUCCUCGGAGCAGAAUCCCUUGCUCGAGGGAGACAGAGUGCAUAUCCCUGACGACUUGGACAGUGUGUACAACCGAUUCAACAAGGCUCAGAAAAACGUCAUUGUCUUCAUAGUGUCCUUUGCAGGACUGCUUCCUAUGUUCGUGACUGGGACGUUCGUCCCUUCCAUUCCUCAGAUAGCUCAUGACCUUGAUUCAACGGGUGCUGCUGUUAGCUUGGCUGUGAGUUUGUCAGUCUUUGCGAAUGCGAUCGGGGGUUUGGUGUGGGCAGCGUACUCCUCAUUUUACGGGCGUCGCCCAAUGUACUUGUGGGGUAUGCCUAUUCUAUGUAUCGGAAGCUUCGGCGUUGCUGCAUCAACGUCUCUCGAGAGGUUGCUGUUCUGGAGGUUUGUUCAGGCGUUUGGAUGCGCUGGCGGGGUGCCUGUAGGUGCGGCUGCUAUUGGCGACAUCUACAGGGUCGAGCAACGAGGUACAGCCAUGGGUAUUUUCUUUGGGGCUUGUCUUCUGGGCGUCGCACUGUCUCCCAUUACGGGAGGCACUGCAGCACAUUACUGGUCAUGGCGCAGCCUGCAGUGGUCGCUAGGACUGUGGGGCUUCAUUGAGAUGGGUUUCGUCUUUCUGUUUUUACCGGAGACAAGUCAUUCGCAUUCAGGGGGCAUUCGUGGGCUGACAACACCGUUCAACUUUGUGUGGAUCAAUCCUUUCAGCAGUCUCUGGCUACUGCGUAGUCCGAACAUCAUGGCUGUCACAUUAGCAAAUGCAUCUGCGAUGGUUACGGAAUACGUUUUAUUGAUCCCAAUCGCCUACACGAUCGGUGCUCGGUACCACAUAUCUAACGAGGCGCUGAUCGGUGCAUGCUUUCUCCCCAGUGGACUCGGAAACUUCAUUGCCUCCCCAAUUGCUGGGCGGUUGUCCGACACUAUGAUUGAAAAAUGGAAGGCGCGGCGAAAAGGCAUAUGGGUCCCUGAAGAUCGUCUACGUGCAGUCUUGGUCGGCGGGUUGUUCGUACCUUUAUCUGUUUGUCUUUCGGGAUUGGUCACCACGUACAUCGCCGGACCGUCGGGCUUGAUAUUGAAUUUACUUUGUUUCUUUAUGAAUGGCAUUGGAGUGGAUUUCGUUCUCACACCGAUUGGCUCGUACAACGUUGACGUGCUCCAAUCACGCAGCGCAGAGGUAAUUGCCGCAGUUACCGCUUUCCGCGCGAUCAUUCUCGCACCAGUGACUGCAGUUGUACUUCCGUCGAUAGAAACACUAGGGUUGGUAGCGACAAAUGGCAUAGCUACCAUGAUUGCGAUUAUUGGAUAUGGGCUUAUCGCUCUCACGAUUCGGUAUGGAGACCAAAUGAGAGCCUGGGUGGAUGUUGGAUAUACUGUCGUGAAUAUGUAA